ACAUCAGCCUUGACCUUUUUUUUCUUUUGUUGGGCCGAUUAUGGUCUUCCUUUCGUUUCUUCGUCUGCCCUUGUUUAACAUUUCCUCUCUUCUUCCUCUGCGAAUUUGUAACCUUGUUUGUUCGUUCAUGGAGGAAGGCUUUAGUUUAACUCUUCCCUAACUCUCUCUCCUUAUGCACAAAUAAAAUGGCGCAAUCACCGUUCACUCUGCUUCUCCUAAAACGCCUUACUCUCUCUUCUAAAACCCCACUUAAAUCCCAUAACACUUCUCCCCUUCCAAUUUUCACUUUCAUUAAGCCAAAGCUCUUCUCUUCUGUUUCCCCACGACCUGAGGGCACCGCCAGUCACGAGCCACUUAAACCAACCUCUCUCUCGGCUCGUUUGAACUUUGUGUUUGACCAAAUUGAUCAAAUUGAGAAACGUCAACAACAACAAUCGCCCGAAAACGACGCCACCCUCCAACGUAUCCGAGCUUGGCGUCAAUCAAGGAAUGAAUCUCAUGCAAUCCAACAGCAAUUUCAACCCAAAGACCCUGAUUCUGGAAUUGCUGAAAAUAAUGUUAAUGCCACUGAGUUUAGAUUGCCUUACUCGCCAGAGUUAAUCGAGCCACAAAACGGGGAUGCCCUCCGGCGAAUUCGUGGUUGGAGGGAAUCCAAGUUUGGGGAGAAUAAAGAGUGCAUAGAAGGUGAAGUUGCUGAAAAUGAGUCUAAUGCUAGUGUUUUCACUAUUGAUUCAGUGACUGAGCUAGAGCUGGGGAGGCAGAAGGGAAAGGACGUCGAGGUGGUGCAUCCAUGGCCGGAGUGGAUAGAGUUGAUCGAGAGAUUAGUGCAGCAAAAUUACUUUGACCAUAAAAGGAGAGACGAGGGAAAGAUGGUGGAAGAGUUAGGAUUUGAUAUGAGUAAUGUUGUUGAGGAAGUAAAGGAUGAUGCUGGAAUUGAUUUCAAGGACUUCAAGACUGUGCAAACUGCUUGUCUUAAUUUCGGGAAGGACCGGUUUGAUAUAUUGAGGUCAUUGUCGAGACGGGAUAUCCAAAAUUUGGUUGGUUUUGGAUGUCCAAGUGCAGACAAGAAGGUGGUUUUCUCUGCAAAACUCUUGAGGAAACAUGUCCACCUUGAUGAAGGAGAUGUUUGUAGUUCUUGCAGUUUGAGGAAUUCUUGCGAGAAAGCAUAUCUUCUAACGAACAAAGAGGAUGAAGCGCGAACUGUUGAUGUUAUGCGUGUCCUAUUGACCUAUGCUUUCCAUUACAUGGACGUUUCUGCAGUAAAUGAAUCUGUUUUGAAACAGAAGUCUGGGAAGACUGUUGUCCGUAAGUUGCUUUAUGAGAUUGUUAAGUUGAGUGCUGUUCCUAUAGACCCGAAUCUUCCCCCUCCUGUAAUAAAGAAACCUCCACCAAAAGUGAAGCAACCUCCUCCUCCUCCCAAGAAGCGAGUAGGACGGGAUGAUGUUGAGAUGAAAAAGGGCGAUUGGCUUUGUCCCAAGUGCGACUUCAUGAAUUUUGCAAAGAAUACGAUCUGUCUACAGUGUGAUGCUAAGCGUCCAAAGAGAGAGCUGCUUCCUGGAGAAUGGGAAUGCCCCGAGUGCAAUUUCUUAAAUUACAGGAGAAAUAUGGCAUGUUUUCACUGUGAUUGCAAGCGUCCCCCUGAUGCAUACAUGGAGAGUAAACUACAAGAAAUUCAACCUGGUCCAAGAACAAGGUUGGAAAAGGUUGCUCGGCGAUUGGAGGUUUCUAAUGGUUGGAAUUUUGAUUUUGACGAUGAUGAAUCAGAUGGGGCAGAUGUUGCUGUUUUUGAGUUUGCAGAUUCUUCAGUAAAGGGUGAAGCUUCUCCCUUGGGCACUCAGACCCGUCGAGGGAAGUUUAGAGGGCCUGAAGAUGAUUCCAAUACAGCUGACCGGGCCUCAAGCAUCCAUGAAAGAAUGUAUUCGGACAUUGAUAGCAGCAAACCUGGCAUCGGGUUUGAUGAUUUUGAUGAUGAAGAUGAUAUUGACAGUUAUGAGAUAGAUACUCCACGAAAUAACCCAAGGCAGAAAGCUUCUUCGAGUGUUUACUCCGAUAGUGAGGUGUUUUCUGAAUUAAAAGGUAGUGAUGGUUCCGAUGAUAGUUCUGCUGCUGGUCGAAGAACUAGGUUUCCAUCUUAUGAUAAGCCAUCUAAGCACGCGCAUAAAAAAGUAGCGUUAUUGGACUCUGAGGGUGAAUUAGAUUUUGAUUCAGACGAAGACCUUCUGAACUGGAAACCGAGGCAUGUAACUGACACUAAGCUAAGGGGUAGAGGUGUGUUAAAGGACUUAAGUUUUGACUCUGAGGACCUUGAUUUGGAUUCCAAUGAUGACGAUGAUUUUGACAGUUCCAGGUCCAAACGGAGAAAAGAGAACAAAGGGAGUUAUGGUAGCGGCAAUUUUCGUAACAGAAGUUCUGGUUUCCAAGGUGGUUCCUUCUCUGGUUCAGACCAUGAAAAAGAUGGCCCACAUUCCAGGAAAAACGGGUUGAGACAGAGUAAAGUAGGAUCUAGCAGACGAGGAAACAAUAUUGGUGGCUAUGGUGAUUAUAACUUCAGAAACAAUUCACGAGCUAGACUGAACACCAAGAUGGAUGGUGAAAGAAACAGCUCAGAUAAUUUCAAUAGAUCAUAUCGAGGGUCCCGAGGUGAUAAUAGGAGGUUUGGAGAUGGUGACUAUGGGAAGCAGAGAACGAAUAAUAGGGAGAAACUGAAGGGAGGCAAGAAGGAUGGAGCAUUUGGAAAUGGGUACCAUGGUAAGUCUCGUGAAUAUAGUAGGGAGAUGGAUGAUGAUGCUAGUGAAUUUAGAAAUAGCAGGCGUGUUAUUGAAAGAUAAUGGCAUUUUUUCCUUAGUUUUUCUUUUUUUUCUUUUUAUGGCAAUUCUAUACAAAAAAUUGUAUUCAAGUACAUUCAAAUUUGCUGAUUAAGUCUUAGCUCGAUUGGUAGCGGCAUUGUUGUUAGUACAGGAAUAUGUGGAUUUGAGUGCAUUGAAUCGUAUUAUUCUCCUAUUUAAAGGUUAGAAA